AUGAGUUUUGUUUUCCGAGGGGCUAGAGCAGAUAUUGAAAGUGGCUUUCCAGGAUUUAUUCCUGAACGACCAGCAAUGCGUAUUCAUGCUUCUCGACCAGUAAGCACGAAUUCACUGGCUUUUCUUGUCACGGUUAUCUUGCUAUUCAUGCUUUUAAACUCUCACCAGAUGUCACCGAAUUUUCUGCUCUGGCUAGUUGUGGGUGUCUUUUUGAUGGCCACAACCCUGAGGAUGUUUGCAACUUGUCAGCAACUUCAAGCACAGGCUAGAGCACAUGCUGCAGCUGCCAGUGGCUUGCUUAAUCAUACGGAACUGCGACUGCACAUGCCACCUUCAAUAGCUUUUGCAACCAGAGGACGAUUACAAGGACUAAGACUCCAGUUGGCACUACUUGACCGGGAGUUUGAUGAUCUAGAUUAUGAUACUUUGAGGGCUCUGGACUCUGAUAAUGCCUCUACAGCAACUUCAAUGAGCGAGGAGGAGAUUAAUGCCUUACCUGUCCACAAGCACAAAGUCACUGACCCAGAGAUCCUGGAUGGUUCAUCACUGCAACAGGCAUCAUCAUCUUCAGCCCCAAUUGAGCUGAAAAAGCAAGACUCUAAAAGGGUGGAUGGAGGCAUGAAGGAUCCAGAAGAUGAGCUGACAUGCAGCAUUUGCUUGGAGCAAGUUAACGGAGGGGACCUAGUGCGUAGCUUGCCAUGUUUGCAUCAGUUCCAUGCCAACUGCAUAGAUCCAUGGCUCCGGCAGCAAGGCACAUGCCCUGUGUGCAAAUUUAGAGCUGGAUCAAGAUGGCCGGAGAGCAGGGAGAGCGAAUCCGACGGUUCAGACAUGGUGUAA